AUGGAGCAGAACAGACUGUCGGACUUCAGCAUCGAGCGCAUCCUCUCCCUGGAGCUCGGACACAAGCCGACCGGACCCGGCUUCGCCCCGGACCCCCAUGAUGUGCCGCAUACAGGAUUCGGCGUGGAAUCUGCGAACAUGAGACCAGCAGCUCCGGUUCCAAUACCGGCCUGCUUACAGUACUUCGGAGAAACGUUCUACCCUUAUCGUGUCGGCCUCCAGCACACAGAAGCUUGCAACUUCUACCAGAACUCCUCCAUGUUCGUUUCCUUCAGCCCGGACUCUGCAGAUGUGAAGGCGUUGUCUGGUUACCAUGGCUACCGCCCGGCAGGACCUCCAGGUCAGCUGCUGCGCCAGAAGACGCGGAUGAGGACAGUCUUCACAGACUAUCAGACCAAACAUCUGGAGUCCCUGUUCUCCAUCACCGACUACCCUCCACUGGAGGCGCGUGCACAGGUGGCCAGGAGCGCGGGCCUAAGCGAGGAGACCGUCAGGGUUUGGUUCAAGAACCGCAGGGCCAGGAGGAAGCGUCAGUGUAGCGGUUCAAAGGUCAAAGCACAUUCCCCGCCUCCCAGCGCAGGAACCGAGAAGCUCCUCAGAACCUUCCUCUGACUCCCCUGCCAGGGUUGAAGGUCAGCUCACACGAAUGCUGUCUUAGCCAUUGUUUCUUUUUUUUUUAAUUUAUU